UCUUCAGUCGUUCGCUUUCUCUUCAAUCAUCCAGAAUCUUAUUCAAACCCUAAUUACCUCUGCAGAUUUUGGAGAGAAAGAGAAAAUGGGGAAAAUACCGGUGAGGAUGAAGUCGGUGACAUACGCCCUGUCGCCGUUCCAGCAGAAGGUGAUGCCCGGCCUCUGGAAGGAUCUAUCCGGCAAGAUUUCCCACAAGAUCUCCGAGAAUUGGAUCAGCACCACGCUCCUGCUCGGCCCGCUCGUCGGCACCUAUUCGUAUGUGCAGUGGUACCUGGAAAAGGAGAAGAUGGAGCACAGAUACUGAAGUUGGUUAUCAAUACUCGUUUGUCAGUGGAAAACUCUCUAGCAUCUCUAGAUAAUAAGCUGACAUGUACUGCCUGCUGGUUGCAGAUUUUGGAUCCUGAAUUUAUCUUGGAUUUCCAGUCAUUUUCUUUUUUAUUCAUGUGUUUGUAAUGUGACCUGGUUUUCAUGUAUGCUACAAAAUUGUCCGCUGUAAACAAAUUUUCCCAGUGAUUUUAACUUAAUGUCUUUGGUUUCA